UGGAAGCUGGGCUGGGCUCGCAGCAGCCAUGACGUGAGGCGCGGAGCAUGGCCCUCACCACCGGCGUACCGCAGGUGAACGCGAAGCGCGCCACGUACCGUCAGCGGCGGAUGGGCCCUGCGCCCUUCGCCUCGCUGGAGGACCUCAGCGACGAGCAGGACAGCCCGCCGCCCAGCGGCGGCGGAGGAGGCGGCAGCGGGGGCGGCAGCGGGGGCGGCAAGCUGCCGGGCAUCCGCGAGGAUCCGCAGCCGUCGUCGUCGCUGCACACGCCGUCCACGCCGCGCAUCGACAUCUCGCGCGCCAGCUCCAGCUCGCACCACGACUCCAACAACAGCUCGCCGGAGAGGGAGCUGUUCGCAGGUGAGGUGCCGUGCAAGCUGGGCCUGGGCUUCAAGGAGGACGCGGCGGACCUGCGCUCGAGCACGGAGGAGCUGGACCUGGGCGACGACGACCCGGUGGGCUGCGAGGAGCGGCCGCGCAGCCGGCGCGGCUCUGCGCGCUCCGCCCGCGGCCUCGGCCCCGGCGUCAAGCAGGAGGCGGGCGGGCGGCCGCGCGGCGGCUCGCUCUCCAAGUACGAGCUGGACGCCGCCGCCGCCGCCGCCGCCUCCGCGCACGAGCGCAAGGACUCCCUGUCCAUCGUCAGCACCGGCAGGACGUCGCGCCUCUCCUCCGUAGGUUCGGCGGCGUCGGGGGCGUCUAGCGCGGCGUCGCACCUGUCGGUGGCGUCGUCGGGGGGCGGGCGGUCGCCGUCGCCGCACAAGAUGCUGCUCGAGACGUCCUUCUGCGGCUCCAAGCCGCUGCUGGCGCAGCCCAGCAUCGAGCUGGACGAGCUGCCGCCCAGCGCCAAGGAGGCCAUCGCACAGGUGGACGGGUCGAUGCUGGGGGCGGCGGCGUGCGGCGACGGCGACGGCCCGCCGCUGCCGCUGCUGCUGCCCAACGUCAGCCCCGUGGUCAGCCCCGCGGAGCGCGAGCUGCUCGCCGCCAAGGAGCGCGCGCUCGCCGAGGAGGUGCGCCGCCCUCCCCCUGCCCUCUGCACGCUCCGCCCUUCUUCUUCCGUGGUGCGCGAGCUGGAGAGCCGGCGGGCCGAGAAGCCGGCGGCGCCCGCGUCGCUCAGCCUGCCGGUGUCGCCGCCGCCCACGGGCGCCGCCCCCUCGCGCACGCCGUCGGCGUCGCCCAAGCCGUCGCGCCGCCCCCAGCGCGGCGCCCUGCGCGACGCCGACUCGCGCACGCCGUCGCCCGGCUCCGUGUCGCGCAAGAGCUCGUUCGCAUCGCUCUUCCGCAGGGGCGGCGGGGGCGGCAGCAGCGGGGGCGGCGAGACCACGCCCUCCACCGUCGUCAGCCCGGAGUCGCCCACAGGCUCCACCGGUGUCCGCCGUAACAAGUCCGGCAGCAGCUUCUCCACCAUCCUGGGCGACGGCUUCCGCGAGAGGUCGCGGUCUCGCAGCAAGAGCCGCGAGCGCCAGCAGCCGGCGCAGCAGCAGGAGGCCAAGCCGCGCUCCAAGGGCGUCUUCUCGGCGCUCUUCAAGAAGAAGGACCGCAAGAAGGCCGGACACGCAGAGCAGCCGUCUCCGGGAGACCUGCCGUCGCCGGAGUCCAGGGUGCCGCAGCAGGCGGCGGAGCCGCUGGCGACAGUCGAGUUCAAAUUCGACUCGGAGGCGGAGGCGCCGGAGGCGCAGGCGCACCGGCGGGCCGCCUCCAACAAGCGGCGCGCCAUGCACGAGGCGCAGCUGCUGCCGGCCGAGUGCCAGGGGCUCGCGGACGUCAUCGCGGGCUCCGGGCUCGACAGUGAUUCUAAAAUCAACAACCAGACCGGGCGAGGUGGUGCAGUGCCGCCCCCGCCACCCCCGCACAAGAAGUCCCAGCAGCAGCAGCAAGCGGAGGAGAGGGAGAGGGAGGCGGGGGCGGAGCGGCCGCCGGCGGAGCCGCCGCGCCAGCAGCGGACGCCGUUCCGAUCGGAGCGCGAGCAGGAGGAGCGGCUGAGCGAGCUGCGCAAGCUGAAGCCGCGCCGCCCGCCGGAGGAGGGGCAGCAGCAGCAGCAGCAGCAGCCGCCGCAGGCCAGGCCCCCGCUGGACGCGCCGCCCGCAGACCUGCCGGAGCCCGCCGGCGCCGCCGAGAGGCGCGACCGGCAGCCCGACACCGCGCAGGCGAGUCUCUCCUUCCCACCUCUGUACACGGUGCGGCCGGCGGAGAGUGUAGCAGUGGUGGAGCUGCAGCCGGAGUGUCCCCCGGAGGCUGGACCUGAGGCGGUGAAGCCGCCGUCGCUGGACGCUGAGGCAGGCGGUGGGCAAGUACAGCUGGGCGGCUGCAGCGUGGCCCACCAGGCGCUCUCCGAGGAGGUCUCCCCGGCCGGCAGCGCCGUCCUCCCAGCACAGGCGGCGGCGAGCACGGAGGAGGAGCGCAUGUCGUCCGACUCGGAGGCGGAGUUCGCGCGCGUCGCGGCCGCCGUGCUGGGGGCGGAGCCCGCGCCGCUGCUGGCCGCCGCGGGGGCGGAGGAGGCGGAGGAGGCGGACGGCGACGGCGAGCGCCAGGGGCUCGUGCUGCAGGACUCGUUCGAGGGCGAGCUCCCCUACGUGCCCACCACGCUGCCCCAGGAGCGGUCUGUGGCGGUGCCGAUGCUGCCGGUGCGGCAGCGGUCGGCGGCCGAGGUGCACACCUGCCGGAUCGAGCGGCCGCGCUCCACCACGCCCAUCAACCCUGCGCUGCUGGACGAGUACGUGCAGCACGAGGCGCCCGCGCCGCCCCCCCCCGCCGGCACGCCGCAGCAGCACGCCAGGGCGCGCAGCCCCCGCAGCAGGACGCCAUCCGGGAGGUCAUGGUUCGAGUUCGCGGAGCAGGGCGCCGGCCUGCAGAGCCCGCGCGAGGGCCGCAAGCCGUCGCUGUCCGCGUCGUCGCCGUCGCCGCCGCCACCGCCGCUGCCGCCGCGCGCCAACCCGCCGCCCCCGCCGCCGCCGCCCCCGCAGCCCGCCGCCCCUGCAGCGCGCCAGUGGAUCAACUUCGAGGAGAUCCCCGAGAAGCGCAAGCCGCCGCGCCGCAUCCAGACGCUGCCCGCCUCCACGGCGGGACCGCCCGUCGUCUACAGCUAUGUCGAUCCAGAAGAGUGUGAGUGUGAGUGCCAUGAGACUUCUGGUGGCAAGGGUCGGUCCCACUCUGCAGCCUCCACCUCAAAAAAGAAGAAGGACAAGGACAAGGACAAGGACAAGGACAAGGACAAGGAGAAGGAGAAGGAAAGAGAUAAAGAGAAGGAUAGAGAAAAAGUAAAAAGUGACGAAAGAACGAGAAGUAGAAGCCGCAGUCGGAGCCACAGCAGGAGCCGAGAAGUGGUAGCUGGAGAUGGAAAGACUGCAAAUGUGAACAAGGAGCAGAGGCAGACGGCCCCCACAUCAUCUCCAACAGCUGAAGCUCACCACCACCAUCACCAGCAGCCGCAGCAGCAGCAGCAGCAGCAGCAGCAAACUGCUUCCUCUACCGCGGACCGACUGGAGGUUACAGACGUUGCUGACAGGAACUCCUACCUCAGUGACUCUUCUUAUGAAUUUCCCAAUUCAUAUUCGAUAGAUACUAGUGAUUAUUCGGAUGGUCUGAAGCCAAUGAAGCCAUUUGGUAUGGACCUGGAUGUGACCAGUAACAGGAGUAGCAUCAUUUCUCAGCAGGAUGAGACGCAGUCUCCUGAGGUGGGCUCUCCAAAUGGGAAUGAGACAAAACAUCGCCAGUAGUCACCCUCGAUUAGAAGAUGUGAAAGUGAGUGUUGUAGAAGAAAUUUAGAUACCAUCUGAACAUUAUUCUGCUGUUCUGCUCAAAGUUUGGUAUAUUAUUAAUGGCACUGCCAGUGUCCAUUCUCUGCAACAGCAUUUUUUUAGUGUUGUGUUUAAUGAUGAUGUACAGUAAAGGCUCUACACAUAUGGAAUAAACACCAUUGUUUUAGUGGAGUAUUUCACUUUACAGUUUAUUUUCUCAUUUUUUGGAAUCUUUUGAUGCUGUAAUAGUUUUUACCUUAGUCAUAUUGUCUGUAAGUUUUCAGCUGUUAUGCAGGUAUAUCUAUAUUUGUUUCUAAGUUCUGAUUUUAGAAAACACAGUGAG